CUCUUCUCUCCUCUCUACACUUUGCUCGAGUUGGGACUUGAUCGUCUCAUCUCCUCACCGCCGAGCUGUCUCUGGCGGAUUCCUGGAGAAGAAGACGAAGAGUCGCGUCGGAGUUUCGAUCCUCCUUUUGCCUUCCUCUCUUGCCGUUCGAUCCUCCUUUUGUAAACUAUCGAGCUCAGAGUCUCCUUGAGGAAUUUGAUCCCCUUUCUCCAGCGGUUUCCGCUUUUUGGAGCCGUAGUUGUCUGGAAUUGGCAAGCUAGAUAAUCGGAGAAGGAAUCCUUGCCGGAUACUUCAGAUAGAGACUUAAUGGGAAAUAAUGAAGCAAUGACGCCUUCGAAAACAGAGAAAUUGCCUUCACAUGUACAGGUAAUCCACUAGUGGGGAGCUUAAAAAAUAAUUGGCUUUUGAGCUUUCAAUAUGUCACAGAUCAACCCACAUUUCAUCCAUAUCCUGACUGGGCAGCUAUGCAAAAGAAGAGGCUGUUCUUCUUCUUUUUUUCAGGCAUAUUAUGGUCCUGGAGUGAUGCCUCCUUAUUUCAGCACUUCGAUUGUGCCUGGUUAUGCACCUCAUCCAUACAUGUGGGCUCCAAGGCCCCUUAUCCCUCCUUUUGGGUCACCAUAUGCGGCAAUUUAUCCAAAUGGAGGUUAUCCUCACCCAUCAAUGCCCCCUGGUCCUCAUCAACUCCUUGCAUCAACUGAAGCAGUAGUGAUGGCAACUCCUUUGAAUGUAGGAGCUCCUGAUACAUCAUUAGGGAGCAAGGACAAAGAGAUCACAACUAAGCUUAAUGCAGCUGUGGGUAAUAUAAGUUCAAAUAAUGCUGCAAGUUCUCAUCAACAUGAGCUGUCACAAAGUGGAUAUAAUAGUGCAGAUGGGUCUCACAAUGGAAGUGAUGGGAGUAAUUCAACAGGAGGAUCUAGCAACCAAAGCAAGGUUGGUUCUAAAGAUAGAUCAUCAUCAGAUGAUAGAAAAAUUGACUCGGAUAUUAAUCCUCUCAAUGGUGGGGAAAGUUCAUCCUUGAAAGUUUCUUCAGGAGUUUCCAGGACACCUAUGGAUACUACAGGAUAUCAAAUGAGGAAUAAAACCUCACCUAGUCUAGUGCAAGCAUUUCCAGUGAAAAAAAAUGGCACACCUGUCCACCAAACAACCAUUCCUAAGAUGUCUGGUUGUAAUGGUGUACCUUCUGAACCAUGGAUGCAGGAUGACCGAACAGUGAAACGAGAGAAAAGGAAACAGUCUAACAGAGAGUCUGCUAGAAGAUCAAGGUUGAGAAAACAGGCUGAAAAUGAGGAACUUGCUAAGAAAGUUGAUACCUUGUUUGCUGAAAACACUAACCUCAGAUCUGAAAUAAGUCGACUAACUACAAACUCGAAUGCAUUGAGAACAGAGAACUCAGCUUUGUUGGAUAAACUAAAAAGCUCUCAAUUGAUCCAAACAGAAGAAUCAUCUCUUCCAGACGAGGAUACCGGAAGUGCGCCAUCAAUUAUUGCUGCCAACUUCUUGUCAAUGAUCGAUAAGCCAAGCUCAAUUAGCCCAAUUGAAAAGUUAGAAGAGGAGAGCUGCAGCAAGCCCAGCGGCAAGCUUCAGCAGUUUCUAAACACUAGUCCAGGAACAGAUGUAGUGUAAACUGUGCUGGGCAUGGUUCGUGUUACCGCACAGGAUAAGGAAUUAUAGUGAUCUUGUAUGAUUUUGUCUUUCUAUUGACUUGAUGGACAACAAGUACAAAUCUAGUUGUUGGAACCUUUUAGAAAUCCCAACCUCUAUUGAAUGACAAGAACUGCUGUAAAUUUAUCAGAGGUGUCAAGUAUAAGUUCAUUUUGUCCUCUUCAA